AUGCUGUUUAAUUUCAGGAUCCUGUUGAACAAUGCAGCUCUUAGAAAUGGUCAGAGGUUUGUGGUUCGAAAUUUUCGAUCUGGACAACCAUUACAAAAUAAAGUACAGCUGAAGGGUCGUGACCUUCUCACUCUAAAGAACUUCACUGGAGAAGAAAUUAAGUAUAUGCUAUGGCUAUCAGCGGAUCUGAAAUUCAGGAUAAAACAGAAAGGAGAAUAUUUGCCUUUAUUACAAGGGAAGUCUUUAGGCAUGAUUUUUGAAAAAAGAAGUACUCGAACAAGAUUGUCCACAGAAACAGGCUUUGCACUUUUGGGAGGACAUCCUUGUUUUCUUACCACACAAGACAUUCACUUGGGUGUGAAUGAAAGUCUCACGGACACAGCCCGUGUCUUAUCUAGCAUGACAGAUGCAGUGUUGGCUCGAGUGUAUAAACAAUCAGAUCUGGACAUCCUGGCCAAAGAAGCAUCCAUCCCUAUUGUCAAUGGACUGUCAGAUUUGUAUCAUCCUAUCCAGAUCCUGGCUGACUACCUCACGCUCCAGGAACACUAUGGCUCUCUGAAAGGCCUUACCCUCAGCUGGAUUGGGGAUGGGAACAACAUCCUGCACUCCAUAAUGAUGAGUGCAGCCAAAUUCGGAAUGCACAUUCAGGCUGCUACUCCAAAGGGUUAUGAGCCAGAUCCCAGUAUAAUCAAGUUGGCAGAGCAGUAUGCCAAGGAGAACAGUACCAAGCUGUCGCUGACAAAUGAUCCAUUAGAAGCGGCUCGUGGAGGAAAUGUAAUAAUUACAGAUACUUGGAUAAGUAUGGGACAAGAAGAGGAGAAGAAAAAGCGGCUCCAGGCUUUCAAAGGUUACCAGGUUACAAUGAAGACUGCGGAAGUGGCUGCCUCUGACUGGACAUUUUUACACUGCUUGCCCAGAAAACCAGAAGAAGUGGAUGAUGAAGUGUUUUAUUCUCCACGAUCACUAGUAUUCCCAGAGGCUGAAAACAGAAAAUGGACAAUCAUGGCUGUAAUGGUGUCUCUGCUGACAGAUUAUUCACCUCAGCUCCAGAAGCCAAAGUUUUAA